AUGCCAUUCUCUUCAUAUCUAUCUAUCUCAUUCUCUUCAUAUCUAUCUAUCUCAUUCUCUUCAUAUCUAUCUAUCUAUCUAUGCCAUUCUCUUAAUAUCUAUCUAUCUAUCUAUGGCAUUCUCUUCAUAUCUAUCUAUCUAUAUCUAUGGCAUUCUCUUAAUAUCUAUCUAUCUAUCUAUGGCAUUCUCUUCAUAUCUAUCUAUCUAUAUCUAUGGCAUUCUCUUAAUAUCUAUCUAUCUAUCUAUGCCAUUCUCUUCAUAUCUAUCUAUCUAUCUAUGCCAUUCUCUUCAUAUCAAUCUAUCUAUCUAUGGCAUUCUCUUCAUAUCAAUCUAUCUAUCUAUGGCAUUCUCUUCAUAUCUAUCUAUCUAUCUAUGGCAUUCUCUUCAUAUCUAUCUAUCUAUCUAUCUAUCUAUGCCAUUCUCUUCAUAUCUAUCUAUCUAUGCCAUUCUCUUCAUAUCUAUCUAUCUAUGGCAUUCUCUUCAUAUCUAUCUAUCUAUCUAUGGCAUUCUCUUCAUAUCUAUCUAUCUAUCUAUGGCAUUCCCUUCAUAUCUAUCUAUCUAUAUCUAUGGCAUUCUCUUAAUAUCUAUCUAUCUAUCUAUCUAUCUAUCUAUCUAUCUAUCUAUCUAUCUAUCUAUGGCAUUCCCUUCAUAUCUAUCUAUCUAUAUCUAUGGCAUUCUCUUAAUAUCUAUCUAUCUAUCUAUGGCAUUCUCUUCAUAUCUAUCUAUCUAUCUAUGGCAUUCCCUUCAUAUCUAUCUAUCUAUAUCUAUGGCAUUCUCUUCAUAUCUAUCUAUCUAUAUCUAUGGCAUUCUCUUCAUAUCUAUCUAUCUAUCUAUCUAUCUAUCUAUCUAUCUAUCUAUCUAUCUAUGGCAUUCUCUUCAUAUCUAUCUAUCUAUCUAUCUAUGGCAUUCUCUUCAUAUCUAUCUAUCUAUCUAUCUAUCUAUCUAUGGCAUUCUCUUCAUAUCUGUCUAUCUAUCUAUGGCAUUCUCUUCAUAUCUAUAUAUCUGUCUAUGGCAUUCUCUUCAUAUCUAUAUAUCUAUCUAUCUAUGGCAUUCUCUUCAUAUCAAUAUAUCUAUCUAUGCCAUUCUCUUCAUAUCAGUCUAUCUAUCUAUCUAUCUAUGACAUUCUCUUCAUCUCAAUCUAUCUAUCUAUGGCAUUCUCCUCAUAUCUAUCUAUCUAUACCUAUGGCAUUCUCUUCAUAUCUAUCUAUCUAUCUAUGGCAUUGUCUUCAUAUCUAUCUAUCUAUGGCAUUCUCUUCAUAUCUAUCUAUCUAUGGCAUUCUCUUCAUAUCUAUCUAUCUAUGCCAUACUCUUCAUAUCUAUCUAUCUAUCUAUCUAUCUAUCUAUCUAUCUAUCUAUGCCAUUCUCUUCAUAUCUAUCUAUCUAUGA